AUGUUCCGCUCCCUGCCCCUCCUCCGUGCGGCCCGCCCCGCCCUCACAGCACCCGCCCUCCGCGCCCUCCGCCCCCAGCCCGCCUUCAAGCCCGCCCUCGCCCUCCGCCCCUACUCUGCCGCCGCCGGCCUCAGUAAGGAGGACAUCACAAAGCGGGUCUUGGAGGUCUUGCAGGACUUUGAGAAGGUGGACGCUACCAAGCUCACAAACAACGCCGCCUUCACCACCGAUCUCGGUCUCGACUCUCUUGACGCUGUCGAGGUCGUCAUGGCCAUUGAAGAGGAGUUUGCUAUCGAGAUUCCCGAUGCCGAGGCCGAUGAGAUCACCACUGUGCAGAAGGGUAAGUCAAUUCUCCACUUGCUGGUUUGA